CUCUCUCUCUCUCUCCAUCUCCUCUUUCCUUCCUCUGUCUAUCUUUCCCUGUCCCUCUCUCUGUUUGUUUCCUCCUCUUACCUUUCUCUGUCCAUUUUGCCCUCCCCCUCUCUCUAUCCAUCCCCUCUUCCCUCAUAUCCAUGUGCACAUCCUCUUUCCCUCUCUCUUCCUGUCCAUCUCUUCUUCCCCUUGUCUCUCUUCAUGUCAUAAUUCCCAUUUCAAUAGUGGUUGUUAAAACCACAAUAUUUCUUUCAGAUUCAAAGUAAUAUGUGUACCAAGUUUAGUUUCUCACAUACAGACAUGAAGUUUAAUUUUCCACAUAUGGACAUGUCACAUAUAUUUCACACAUACUUAAUAUAUUCCACACAUAUUUGUACACAUAUUUCAUCUGCAUCUCUAGCGAAUUUUGAGCAGCAGUUUUGUUUCCACGCAACUCAAUGUUUGUAAUGUCAUAUCUCCUGAACAAUGUGGUGCACAAUGAUAUAAUUUUGUGGGUACAUUCCAUGGCAAAUGUGGACAGUCUGUGAAAUAAGUUGCGAACAGAAUUGGUAGCAAAGAAGUAAUAAAUUUAAACAUCACACAUGAAGUGACAGUUGUCCAUGCAUCUCAGAGUUUAUGACAUCAUAUGUCUUGAACUAUGUGUCGUACAAUGAUGCUAUUUUUAGGUACAUUCAGUGGUGUGUGUGAAUGCUGUCUGAAGAAAGUGUCAUGAAUACAGUUAGUAGCAAAGAAGCAAUAAAUUAAAAUGUCUUUCAUGAUGUGGCAGUUUUACUGCAUGAACAGAGAAAAUGCAAUAAGUGAUAAACUUUUUCCCUUUUCAUCAGUUAGUAGGGGUUGUCGAGGUGUUCACCUCUAAUCUUGUAAUCAAAUGCUUUUGGAUUCUUCCUCUUUGUUAUGGAAUUUAAGUUACAUGUAUCCAUAGCAACUAGGUGAAGUCUGUUUGUGAAGCUGUGAUAGACAGUUUUUAUAAAAGCAGGAAUGCACAAAUCUCAAAGUGUUCAGAACAGUCCUAUUAUCAGUUUUUUUCUCAUACUUGCAGAGGUGCUGGUGCGAGUACACUGCGUGGGCAUCUGCGGCUCGGACGUGCACUUCCUGAAGCACGGCCGCAUUGGCAGCUACACACUGGCAGGGCCCAUGGUCCUGGGCCACGAAGCCAGUGGCGUGGUAGUGCGCACCGGUGCCGCUGUCAGCCACCUACAGCCAGGUGAUCGGGUGGCGCUGGAGCCUGGAGUACCGUGUCGGCAGUGCACACUGUGCCUCACGGGUCGCUACAACCUCUGCCGUGAUGUGCGCUUCUGUGCUUGCCCACCAACACACGGUGCACUCACUGGUUUCUUCGCACAUGCAGCUGAUUACUGUUACAAGCUACCAAACAAUGUGUCACUGGAAGAAGGUGCCAUGCUGGAACCACUGUCUGUUGCUAUCCACGCAUGUCGCCGAGCAGGUAUCACCUUGGGUUCCUCUGUACUUAUCAUAGGAGCAGGGCCCAUUGGUCUUGUGACCAUGCUCACAGCCAAGGCCAUGGGGGCCACCAACAUACUGAUCACAGAUCUGCUGCCUCACCGACUGGAAAUGGCAAAGAAGAUUGGGGCAACAUCUACACUUCGUAUCCGCUCUGCUGAUAAACAAAAAACUGUUAAAGAAAUAGUCAGUCUCUUAAAAUGUGAGCCACACAUUUCCAUUGAAUGCAGUGGAUCAGAGAAUGGUAUAUGUUUGGCAGUAUUGGCAACAGCGCCAACAGGUGUGGUUAUGCUGGUUGGAAACAGUCCACCAGAAGUAAAAGUGCCUUUGAUAGAAGCCAGCUUGAAGGAAGUUGACAUACGAGGCAUAUUUCGCUAUAGCAAUACGUAUCCAACAGCUCUAUCAAUGGUAGCUUCAGGUGGUGUUGACAUCAAACAGCUUAUAACACAUAAGUACCCUCUCAAAAAAAUUGCUGAAGCAUUUGAAAAAGCUCACACAGGAGAAGACAAUCCAAUUAAAAUUAUGAUAUACUGCUCGGAUAGCAAUGAGAAUUUUACUUCUCAUGAAUAAUGUAAACAUAAUUAAAAAGUGAAGCAAUAAACAUUGAAAUUUUCAGUGAUUAAGCAAUAGAUUUAUAGAAGUUCACCUUUAUAUCACUGAGAAAAACUAACAUGUUGUUAUAAUGAAAAAUCAAAUACUGGAAGCAUGCUUAAUGACAACUGCAAUUGUAUACACAACUGUAUUUCAUUAAAAUAAGAAAGAAAUAAU